AUGAAUCGCUAUCUGCCAGUUGCAAGACAGCACUUCUUGGGCGCAUUAUCCAACACUAGUGUUGUGGUGAAGUCCAUAUGUGCCUUUGUGCUCCUUCUGUAUGUGCUCUCAUGGGCAGUUGACACUCCAUACGCCCUGGGCGUGACGCCUGGCUACCUCUUCCCCCCUAACUUCUGGAUCUGGACCUUGGUGACCCAUGCCGUGGUGGAGCAGCAUGUGUGGGGGGUGGCGGCCAAUGUUGGGACUGUCAUGGCCUGUGGCCGGCUGUUGGAACCUCUGUGGGGUGCCAUGGAGAUGCUAAUAUUUUUCGCUGUGGUCAACAUCUCUGCAGGCCUCCUGACGGGCCUCUCCUACUUACUCACGUACGUCGCCACCUUCGACCUGGACUACUUGUUUGCUGUGCGGGUCCAUGGGGCACCAGCUUUCCUCGGGGGCGUGUUGGUGGCCCUCAAGCAGACCAUGGGGGACACAACGGUGCUGCGGGUUCCACAGGUGAGGCUCAAAGCGGCCCCGGCGCUGGUCCUCCUCUGCCUGGCCCUGCUCCGCCUCUCAGGCCUCCUGGAGAGUGCUGCCCCUCUGGCGGCCUACAGCUUUGGCGCCCUGGCAGGCUGGGUCUACCUUCGUUUCUACCAGAGGCACAGCCGGGGCCGCGGGGACAUGUCAGACCACUUUGCCUUUGCAUCCUUCUUCCCUGAAGCGGUGCAGCCGCUGGUGGGGCUGCUGGCUGGCCUGGUGCACACAACCCUGGUGAAGAUCAGGGUAUGCAGGAAGAUGGUGAAGCGCUAUGACGUCGGGGCACCUUCUUCCAUCACCAUCACUUUGCCGGGGGCGGACCCCCAAGACGCAGAGAGGAGGAGGUGAGUGCUGUAGAGGCCCAAAUAAACACACACAGGGAUCCAUUACAGCACACACCCCAAUAUUUGUUGACCUUCAUUAUGUGGCUGACACACUUGCAAGCUGUCAUGCAUACACUAUUUGUCGUCAGUUACAUAGACUGCAGUUAGGCCUACAUAUCACCUCGCUCUGCACCUGGAGAGGAUCAGUGGCUGUUUGAAAGGGACUCCGAGACACCUGCUAUACCAUGAUGUAAUGCAAACAUUUAUAACUGAUUCUUUCUGAUUGUCUUACAGGCAGUUGGCGCUGAAGGCCCUGAACGAGCGACUGAAGAAGGUGGAGGACCAGUCGGCCUGGCCGAGCAUGGACGACGAAGAGGACGACGAUGAGGACGAGGUUCGGACCGACACCCCGCUGCUCUCUGGACAGGAGAGAACCUUGCCAGCAGGGGGGUCUAGUGGUUCCCAGAACACCACGGGACAGGAGUCCAGCAUCAUCAGCUUUGAAGACGCCCCCUCCAGCUCAUAG